AACAUCUUUGGUUUUGAAAAAAAAAUUAAUAAUCUUCUUUAAAUCUUAAAUACUGUACUUGAAUAGAUACGAGGGGAGAAGAGAAGUAGGAGAGGAUCGAAGAAGAUGGAGAGAGAAUCCAAUUUAAAGGUGUGGUUCGACCGAGUUGACUCGGAGAAAACCGGAAGUAUCACAGCAGCCCAACUCAAGGCUGCUCUUUCGGUUGGGAACUUAGAUUUCUCAAUCUCUGUUGUUCAACAAAUGAUCAGGAUGUACGACUUUGAUCGAAAUGGAACUAUGAGCUUUCAAGAGUUUGUUGAACUCAACCGGUUUCUUUUAAAGGUUCAACAAGCUUUCUCGGACGCUGAGAGGGCUCGUGGAUAUAUUGUUCCUGAUGAUGUUUAUGAGGCAUUGGUAAAACUUGGCUUCUCGCUUGACUCUCCUGCAUUUUACACAGUAUGUCAGAGCUUCGACCAAAAGAAGAAUGGAAGAUUUCGACUUGACGAUUUCAUAUCCUUGUGUAUAUUUGUUCAUUCUUCAAGGAACAUGUUUAACUCAUUUGACACAAGCAAGCAAGGAAGGGUGACUCUGGAUCUUAAUCAGUUUAUAUAUUGUACUGCCAAUUGCCGAAUAUAAAAUGUGAGAUGAAGAUCUAUGAAGUGAAGUUGCUGUAAGCACUGCUUCAAAGUUCAUGCACAGCUCUGUGAUAUAUUAGAUUCGUUAAUUACAAUUGAUAUGUAUUGAUUCUUUUGAUAAUUUGAAAAAGUUGAUUUGCAAAAAUGUCAGAAUUAACUUUCAAGAUGCUAAGUGUUGAUAAGAAACUUAGUGUC